AUGAAGAUCCUUUUGUUACCUUUUCCAGUUCUAGGCCUUGUUGCCCUAGUUCAGGCAUCUUACAUUAACUAUACCACUGUAACCGGGUAUUUUAUGCAAGAUGAGGCUUCCACCAAUGCCGACACUUUUGUUUACUAUGAAGAGAACUUCGGUCUCAUCAAUCGCACCUAUGCCGCCGAUCUCAAUAAUCCCGCAUCCAAGGACAUGACCCAGUGGCAGAGAUUCUAUCGCGAGGUUUCCCUGCUGAAUCAGCUAUCCCCCAACAAUGUUGAAUACAAAGUCUUUUUCUUCGGAAGGCACGGAGAUGGAUAUCACAAUGAUGCGCAAGCUUACUAUGGUACCCCAGCAUGGAACUGUUACUGGGCAGAACUUAACGGCAACGGCACAAUAUCAUGGUAUGACGCCGCUCUCUCGCCCGCCGGCAUUUCUCAGGCCCAGAUUGCCCAUGAUUUCUGGCAGUGGCUCAUUAACGACCAAAAGAUACACACCCCCGAUGCUUACUAUACCUCUCCGCUCACUCGGUGUCUGGAAACGGCGAAUAUCACUUUUACUGGCCUUGAUAUGCCUAAAGAUAGCUCGGAGUUCAAACCUACGGUCAAGGAACUCUUCCGUGAAAACAUUAGCAUUCACACUUGUGACAAUCGCCACAACAAGACAUACAUCCACGAUAUGUUUCCCUCAUGGAUUAUUGAAGCCGGCUUCUCUGAGAAUGAUAAACUCUGGAACGGCGUCACAGCCGAGACAGACGCUGCUGAGGCCGUUCGAUCUAAGAUGGUUAUGGAUGAGGUGUUCCUGCAGUUGAAAAUGAAGCAGACCUCAAACCUUUUCGUUUCCGUGACAAGCCAUUCUGGUGAAAUCGGGUCGCUCUUGAGCGUCUUGGGACACCGCACAUUCAGCUUGAAUACCGGGGCAGUCAUUCCGGUUCUUAUCAAGGCCGAGACACUUGAAAGGGAUGUUGCUACGACUUGUAAGACCUGGUCGGUGAGUGCGCAUUGUACCGCUCCACCGGCAACAUCGCUGGCGAGCUGUGUGUGCGCUGCAUCCGCGGCGCCGGUGACGACGCUGUUGGUGACCGUGACUUCUGUGCUGCCUACGGAGACUGGACCAGUCUGCUAUAAUACCGCGCUACCUACUGAUAUCGUUCAGGCUGGUCGAGUUGGUCGAGUGUAA